AUGCGGAGCAUUCUUAAAACAAAUAUUGGUCAUCUUUCAGAUUCCUACAAAAAUUUACAGAAACAGUUUUUAACUGCUCUUGUGAUCCAGGUACAAGUAUUCCAAUCAAGAUUUUAUAAUUAGAGAUUUUUAUAGAUAACUGGUCCAACACUUCUAUUUUACCUCCCAACAUUUCCAAUUUUUAUCACCCCAUUUCUCGGAAUCAAAAACACAUUUCAAAGUGGAAUUUUGAUAUCAACUUUCAGUUUGUUCCCAUCAAUCGAUAGCUUAACAUUGUUUUUAGUUGUAAAUGAAUACAGAAAAACUCUCAUUGGUUGGUAAUGAAAACUCUUGAUGUAUAUAAUCAAAAAUCAAUAUUUUUCAGAUAUAUUGAAGCUUCGCUUUUUGAAAAAAGACGACCAAUGUGAAAUGCGAACAUCGGGAGGCCACUCGACGACACCACAUUUUGUUUCCACAUAA